AUGUCUGGAUUGAUGACUUCACUUGGAGACUUAGUCAAUUACUGGGGCUCGGUAAACUUCAAACCCGACCCCGAUAUUCCAGAUCUGAACGACAAGGUCAUUCUGGUGACAGGCGGAAAUGCGGGCCUUGGCAGAGAGACAGUCUUGCAGUUAGCCAAACAUAAUCCCAAAAAGAUCUUUCUCGCUGCGCGGUCAGAAUCCAAGGCAGCGGAGGCCAUCAAGUCGAUCAAAGCAUCAGUUGCAAACAACGUCGAUAUCAGCUGGAUCCCAUUGGAUUUGAUGUCAGGUUCAUCCAUCAAGAAUGCAGCGGAGCAAGUCAACUCCCAGUCAUCGCGACUCGACAUUCUAAUCCUCAAUGCUGGAGUCAUGGCCCUACCCCCUGGUGAGACAGAAAUGGGACAUGAGAUUCAGAUCGGAACAAACCACACCGGACACUUUCACCUCACCAAGUUACUACUACCGACACUCCUCAAGACAGCCCAAGAGCCCGAGUCGGAUGUCCGUAUUGUGACUCUCGCAUCCGUCGCCCAACUUUUUGCGCCGCAAUUUGAGACUAUUUUAAAUCAAGAAAAACUUAAGAAAGAGUACACCAACGUUCGAUACGGGGCUUCGAAGGCCGCCAAUAUCAUGUUCGCAGCAGAACUAGCCCGGCGCUACCCGUCGAUAACAUCGGUAGCGGUUCAUCCUGGUCUCAUCGUGACCCAACUGUAUGACUCGUUUAAGUCGCGCUCGCUCCUUGUUUCCUUGGGCUCUAGCAUAUUGAAUCGCACCGGUUCGACCAUUCCCCAGGGAGCCCUUAAUCCAUUAUGGGCUGCUACCGGACCCAAGGAGAAUCUUCGAAACGGGGGGUAUUAUGCACCUGUUGGAAUCCUGAAGCCUCGCAAUAAGUGGUCAAUCAGUAAGGACAAAGGGAAACGUCUGUGGGACUGGACUGAAAUGGAGCUUACCAAGGCCAAUCUGUGA